AUAUUCAAAUUGUAGACAAGUCUGAGUGAUUCCUUGAAUGAUCAAGAAACUUCUUCAUCAAAACAGUCUUGCAAUGAACUUCAUCAAUCGUCAAUUCCAUCACUUUUAUCAGAUUUACAAUUACAUAGCACUGAAAUUUGUAUUAUAUCAGAUUGGCGAAAUAGCAGAAAUGCCUGAUUAUGAAAAUUUAAGUACAUCUGCAGUACUACAUUACUGUAAAUAUAAAAUCUUAAAACCAUAUUUAAGACUUUUAGGAGUAAUGGGCUUACGACCAAAUAGCGAAGAAAAUGAAUAUUUUUCUCACUACUGUAUUAUAGCUAAUUUUCAUAUUUUUCAAGUAAUUACUUUUAUGUGUAUUGGAUAUGUACUACAAUUUAUGGCAUGCUAUAGAAGAGAUCGAGGAUUUUGUUAUGCAGUUGCAAUGCUAGAGAAAGAAGUUAUAUCAAAAACUCAUACUUAUGAAAAAAUGUGUGACGGGAAUACAAUAUUUUCUUAUUUUAUUCCAAGUGCUUUACACUUAAUAGCAUAUUUAUAUACAGUUUAUUUAUUUCGAAUUAAAGAAAAUGAGCAAUUACAAAAUCUUAUGGAAAGAGCUUUUUUAUUAUCUUCAAAUCCAACUAAUCGAGGUAGUCAAAAGCGUUUAGUUCGUAUUCUAUGGCUGUUCAUUGGUUUAGGUGUUGUAUGGAUGAUAAUGGCUUUUACAGCUGUGAGUUUAAUGACCGUUAAAGAAGUUGUUACUUUUCAAUGGUUGAAAUAUAGUUCUUAUAAUAUAAAAAUAGUUCUUAAAGUUUUUCUAAUCCUUUGCACAUUAUGGCAUGAUAUGGUUCAAGGGACAAUUAUUACAAGUUAUUGUUUACAGGGACAAUUGCUAAUAUCACAUUUACAAUUUUUACGAGUAAAGUUACUUCAACAUACCAUGCCAGGAUUAGAAUGGAUGAAGGAAAUAAGUGAGUUUCGAAAAUUACUAAAGUAUUUUAACGAUGACUAUGGUCCAGCAGUGUGUAUUUAUACAGUUGUAAAUGUCUCUUGGGCUAUGUCUGGUACAACUUGGUUAUUGAAAUAUAGCGAGAACAUUCAUAAUAAUUCUCUUUCAUGUGUCAGUAUAGUUAAUGUGAUUCUUUGGAUUUGGAUAUCAACAGUUCCAUUUAUACAGGCAGCUCGUUUAACUACAGCUUGUUCCAUGAUUCAAAGUACGGGACAUGAGGUACGUGUUAGGCCUUUUGUAUAUCAAAGUACACCAGGAGAAGAUUUGGAUACUUUACUUUUAUAUACAUCAUCGUUAAAAAUGUGUGCUAGGCUUUAUAGAGUUCCAAUUACAGGCAGAUACUUAUGUCUUUUACUGAUACUUGGGAGUGUAGCCAGCCUUACCUUAGGACAGUGUCACUUUUUUUCAUAAUUUUCUUCUAUUUGAAAUAGUUACAUGACUUUUGAAUUAGAUAAUUGAAAUAUUUACUUCGUGGAAAGUAUUUUUCGAUAUUUUAAAUUUAUUUCAA